AUGCCUCCCAGACUCCAUUUGGUCCGCCACGCAGAGGGCUUGCAUAAUCUCGGCAUGGCCUACUGGUCUCUCGAGGACCCGCCUCUGACCGAGAAGGGCAGGGAGCAGUGCUCCAAGCUCAGAGAGCAUUUCCCCUCGCAUCCCAGCGUUGAACUUGUCGUAUCGUCGCCCAUGCAUCGUGCCAUCGCGACUGCAGUGGAGAGCUUCCGGCCGCUGUUUGAUCGUCUCCCGGGCUCUAGGUUGGUGGCACUGCCGGAUCUCCAGGAGAUCAGCAGCUUCCCCUGCGACAUUGGAAGUGAAGUGACCGCACUUCAGGCGAAAACGGAGGAGUUGGGCGUUCACAUAGAUUGGAGCCAUGUGGAGGACGGGUGGACGAGCAAGGACGGACGAUACAAGCCCACCAGAGAAGCGAUUCAGGAGCGGGCUCGUGCCGCCCGGCGGUGGCUCUAUGAGAGGCCAGAAAAGGAGGUGGUGGUAGUCACGCAUGGGGCCUUCUUACACUUCCUGACCGAGGAUUGGGAAGACAGUUGUGUGUACGAAGGGACGGGCUGGGCCAACACCGAGUAUCGCACGUAUGAGAUGACCGCCGCUCCGGAGGAUGACGAGAUCUCGCUGGUGGAGUGUGACAGCUCGCGGGUCCGCCGUGGCAAGACUCACGGGGCAUCUUCACGAGAUGAACAAAGUCGAUUGUAUGGGAUGGCGCUGCAAGGGUGGGAGGAACAGGGCUACUUGUUAAAUGGGAUCACCCAGACGGCGAUUGAUCGAAACUCAUCUCCUGCAUCCCGCCUGAUGCUAGGCGUCUUUAGUCAUUUACCCCCAAGCACUGCGUCCGACAAAGACUGUACCAAGUGCAAGUCGCGACGGAUCCAAUGUGACCGGAGCUUGCCCAAGUGCCGGAAAUGCAUCUCGCGUAAUUAUGACUGUCCAGGCUAUGGGCCGGUGUUCAAAUGGGUCCAAGGGGUGGCCAGUCGGGGCAAACUAAGCGGCCAGGCAAUUCCCGUGCCCAAGAAGAAUGAGAACGGGGAAGAAGAGCGCAGGGAAUGUCGCACUCCGCAUCACUCUCAGCUGCAGAAUGCGGAGUUGACGGGAUCGGAGAUCUACACUCAACCAGAGAGUCCGGCAGAGGCCCUCUUGUCCCACUUGCUAGCUCAUUUUGACCAGCAUGUCGCGACAAGGCUUGCAUGGGUGGAUGGGCCCGACAACCCCUGGCGAAACCUCGUCAUGCAAUUGACGCAUUCGUCUCCGGUGGUCCUCUACUCUGUUCUCGCAAUGGCCUCGGAAGACUUGAUCCUUCGCUAUGAGGCCGGGCACCGCCUGCGCCGCCUGCAGGCUGCUUCGUUGGACUAUAAAAGCAAGACCCUGUCGUUGCUCGGACAGCAGCUGGACAUGCUGCCACGAGAAGGCUCGGGGUCGCCCGGGCAUAACCACCAAGUACGAUGUAUUCUCGCCGCAAUUCUGCUUCUGUACAACGUGGAGCUGCUCACGGCAGAAGAUGCGCGUUGGCGAGUACACAUUCAAGGGGCGCGCGCGGUCAUCCAAUGGAUGUCCCAGGCCGUCGCUCGUCGCAAUGUGGAAGACCAAGUGGAUGUCUUCCUGCUCUAUGAGUACUACUAUUCUUCAGUGUUCAUGGGGCUGACGACUUUCGACCCUUUGGAGGAAACCUCGAAAACAAUUCAAACCCACGAUACGUUGACCGUAUUCAGCGACUUUGUUCAAGUCAUGCAGACGGUCACUCGUGCUGAGCGGGAGAAGCACGCUGGGAACCCCGACGCUAUCCUGCCCACACUGGAGGAUAUCAUGGAGGAGAUAGAUGCGGCGAAAUCCAGGACCUUGCUGCUCAGCCAGCGUAUCCAAUUUCGGUCGGCUGACGCACAGCGAGAUUUCGACCAUCUCUCCCCCAUGUACUACCAUGCGUGCUUGAUAUAUAGUCAUCGGGUCCUAGGGGAUUGUUCCGCCGAGGAACCGUGCAUUCUCCUAUCGCGUGACGCAGUGCUGGACCACGUCUCUUGUCUGACUCACAGCGCGUCGUUUGCCCAGGAUCUGGUCUGGCCACUUUUCAUCGCUGGCACGGAGUGCAGAGGAUGUCCCACCAAACAGGCGACGGUGGAACGUGCGAUGCUGGCCGUGAUGCAGAUCAGUGGCCGGCUGGACCGCGAUCGCGUGCUGGCCUUUUUGAAGACAUACUGGGAAACAAAGUUGAGUCCCGAUGUGACCUGGAUUCAAUUCGCCCGGUCCAGAGCGGCGGAUUGUCGUUUUCUGAUCAUCUGA